GUCACUGGUCUCGGUUUGUCCACCACUGUGACAAAUUGACGGCUCGCCAUUCCAGAUUCCAGAUUCCAGAGCUCCCAUUUGCGCCUCACCAUGUACCAAUGCACCUAAAGAGACAUGUCGGAAAAGCCGUCUCUCCCAUCGCGACUUGCUGCCGUCCUUCCGCUUGGUCUGGACCUUCGGGCAUAUCACUUGUCAACUCCACCGACACCAGUACCUACACUCUUCGCGCCUUUGAAGGGUCAUGACGAGGAGGCCACUCUCUGCGAGUCCCACUUUCUGGCUGUCUCCUCCCCGGAGCAUGAAGGACGCAAGGAGGUGUUGGUCUACGCCAUCGAGAUUUUGGUUUUCACCACCCAAUCUCUCGUCACUCUCUUUGUUUCGAAAGCCGACUCUUCGGGCUUCUCUUCCCGUCUCAACCAACAAAAGGGCUCUCCAUCUGCCGUCGCCGCCAUCACCUCUACCUUUAUCCAGUUCUUGCUUGAACCUCGUCUGUCGAGUUCAAGGGUGGUCCUAUCGCUUUUCGCUCGUUCGCAAAACCAAUAUCUUUUCCCUGGGAGCUCUGAAAAUGCUGGAAAACACAUUCUAGACGAUCGACAGCUCAUAAAGUGGUGGUGCCGAGUGCUCGACAGAGUCCUGAGGCUGCCCAACGAUGAUUUAGUGGCUACUGCACACCUCUUGGUCCCAGGAUGUGACAGGGCCGAAACCAAGGCAUUUUUCCCGCCAUCAAGUCGAGCAGACCCCUCUUCUGAUCCGAAAUGGGUCAAUUCAUACCCAGUCGACCUUCUGGUGGCUGACCCUUCGAUUCCUCCAAGACAUGUGGUCCCGCGGCUUCCAGACGACCCCAAAGCACGGUUUCUGGAGGAUCUAGAUGGCGACUUUAUCGACGAGGAAGGACGUUGGCGGAGUGUGAAAACUCUUGAUCAAUUCUGGGAGAUGAUGUCCUAUAGACAAGAGUGUUCUGCCGGACGAUUAGUCGGUUUUCUGUGGCUGGUGUUCUCCCGAAGCCAGGCCAAUCACCCUACGCUAAGCCAGCUUGAACAGACCGGUCAGACGGAGAAUUUCGCCAGGCCACCCACUCACACGAGCCUUGUUACGCCUGUCAAUUCUCAGCAAUACGAAACCGGCGUGACGGAUCCAAACGCACCGACUGCCAGCGACCUCAAAAUGAUCGUAGAACCCAACUCACCACCUUCGUCUUCGCCUAUUCAUCCAGAGCCUGAGUCGAAACCUUUGGACCAAAUGCAAAACACCGACCGAGGUGCACCUGCACCUGAACCGGCGGAAAAGUCAAUGUUGCCCACAAUCGGGGAAACGCGGGGCGAGCUUGUCAUCGGCACUACUCAAUAUCAGGCCUUAAUGGAUCAUCUCCUUCAGACUGACUUUGCUGGCGAAGCCCUCGCUGCAGACGCCACAAAAAGUUGGGUCGACAAAGCUCUGGAGCUGUCAAUGGUGGCCUCAUUUGGGCAUCCUAUACAUGGCCGUGCCGCCCCGGUCUUGGUUCCGUCCACAGCGCCGGAUAUUGUGUCAUCAGCCAGAGUUAACAUGCUGACUGGCGUCCGCAAGAAGAGAAAGGUGGACGUCAUGGACAACAGCAACACCAACUCAGCAGGAGCUGCACAAGUAGCUGCGGUAACAACUACCAAUACAUUGUCGGCCGGCUUGGUGAGGAAGAAGCCGAAAUCCUAACGAUGGAUAACGAACUGUCGGUCGUAAACUUAGCACGACCCCUCUCGUAUCCAUGGGAAGCAAUACCCUGCUAGGCAGCCUGAUUGGAUAGAGAGCCUGCCCAUUGUGUGGACGGUUUCCCCAAAUCUUGGAUGGUUGAAGAGAAAAAUUUAGGAUAUGACAGAGCGGGCGUUGCGCACGAUUCGGCACGGCACAUCCAUCGAGCCAGCCUCUUCGAAUCUGUGAGUGGCCGUCUGCCGGGUCAGAAUUGUGGCUAUACAACGCUGGGCGUCCUGACCCGCCCCACACACUCC